UUCACCUCUCUCCUUAUGGAGCGUCUCUCUGUUGACCAUGGCAAGAAGUCCAAGCUCCAGUUCUCCAUCUACACAUCUCCCCGGGUCUCCACAGCUGUCGUGGAGCCCUACAACUACAUCCUCACCACUCACAGCACCCUGGAGCAUUGUGACUGUGACUUCUUGAUAGACAAUGAAGCCUCCUGUGACAUCUGUUGUAGAAAUCUGGACAUCGAACGACCAACCUACAUCACCCUCAAUCGCCUGAUUAGUCAGGUAGCGUCCUCCAUCACUGCUUCCCUCAGGUUUGAUGGAGCCCUGAAUGUUGACCUGGCAGAAUUCCAGACCAACUUGGUGCCCUAUCCCCGCAUCCACUUCCCUUUAACCACCUAUGCCCCUGUAAUUUCUGCUGAGAAAGCAUACCAUGAAGAACUUUCAGUUCCAGAAAUCACCAAGGCAUGCUUUGAGCCUGCCAACCAGAUGGUGAAAUGUGACCCUCGCCAUCGUAAAUACAUGGCCUGCUGCCUGUUGUACCGUGGUGAUGUGGUCGCCAAAGAUGUCAAGGCUGCCAUUGCCAGCAUCAAGAACAAGCGUAGCAUCCAGUUUGUGGAUUGGUGCCCCACUGGCUUCAAAGUUGGCAUCAAUUACCAGCCUCCCACUGUGGUCCCUGGUGGAGACCUGGCCAAGGUCCAGCGGUCUGUGUGCUUGCUGAGCAACACCACAGCCAUUGCUGAAGCCUGGGCCCGGCUGAACCACAAGUUUGACCUGAUGUUUUCUAAGCGUGCAUUUGUCCAUUGGUAUGUCGGUGAGGGCAUGGAGGAAGGAGAGUUUUCUGAGGCCCGAGAGGACAUGGCUGCCUUAGAGAAGGAUUAUGAGGAGAUUGAAGCAGAUAGUGCUGAUGGAGAUGAUAGGGGUGAAGAGUAUUAA